AUGCCAUUUUUCAUUCAUGAAAGCUAUCAACAAAUAGAAAAUUCACAUGACCGUGAAAAUUCUAUCGCGAAAAAUGUGGAUGAAGGUGCUUUGGAGAGUGAGAAGCUUAACAUGAUUUCACGAGAACAAGAGAAAAAAGAAGCACGUACAAUUUAUUUAUUAUUCAACAGUGAUUCACUGAUUCAGUCCGUAAAAAAACAUAUGUAUGCUAAUGAAGCUUGA